AUGGCGCUAUCCCAGCUGAAGCAGGAAGAUCGCUCUCUAGAGUAUAUUAACCUGGUAACCGAAACCUGCUACCAGAUCCCGGAAGGAGAUACCUGGGACAAUAUCAAUAUAGUGACGUGUAUGGCGAUCGAUGUAAAAGAACUCACGAUCUAUGACAGACCUGAAAAACAGUUUAUCCAGCUCACCAAGACCACCGACCUCGUGCCAGAAUCAACGGUUGAGAAUGUAUACAACCAAUUGAAGCCGGUUUCUCCAUCCUUUCUGAUAGGCAAGUGGGACGGCGGUGAUAUCGAUACGGGACAUAUUGGGCACAAGCUUUUAAAGGAUAUGAAAUGGGCUGGGAAAGACUUUCGGUCGGUAGACGACGGUGAUCCGAUCAUGGUUUAUGAUGCACAGGGCAACCGGGUAUGGAGGGAAGAUUGGGGACAUUGCUCGCUACGGGAGAUGGUCUAUCGAGGAGUAACCUCGACCGCCAUGAUCUAUGACCAGAAGCCUAUUUUUGACCACUUUCGUUAUGUGACCGAUAAUAUGGUUGCAGGAGCCAUGGAUACACCUAAGCUGUUCGGUACCAAGGGUACCUACUAUUUCUUUUUGACUCGGCGUAGUUCAUCCUCGCUGUGA